ACAAUAAUCAAUUGCGCAACCGUCGAAAAAAAUCGACGACUAUAAAUAUCGAGGGGACGGAUUUUUUCCUGUCAAUUGUGUCCCAUACCCCGCACAAAUCACUACGACAAAAUGAUGAAACUGAUCGUAGCCGCCGCCGUGUUGGCCGUUGUUGCCGCCGAUGUGUCCCACCUCAACAUCCCACAACAAAUCAGGAUCCUUCGUCAGGAAUCCGACAUCAGCCCAGAUGGAAGCUACAGAUAUGCUUAUGAAACCGAAAACGGAAUCGCUGCUCAAGAACAAGGUGUAGGUGCUCAAUCCGCUCAAGGAAACUUUGCCUGGACUUCCCCCGAAGGAGUACCAGUAGCCAUCCAAUAUGUUGCCGACGAAAACGGUUACCAACCAUCCGGUGAUGCCAUCCCACAACCACCACCAAUCCCAAUUGCCAUCCAAAGGGCUUUGGAAUGGAUCGCCGCCCACCCAGAACCACAACUCAGAGUUUAAGUUUCGUGAUUGCGAAAUAACAUCUGUACAGUUAGGUUAAGAAUAAAAAAAUUACAAAUAA